AUGUCAGAAGCCUGGGUCACUCUUGCUACAAACGAUUCAUAUGCUCAAGGAGCUUUGGUCCUUGUGCAUUCAUUGAGAACUGUUGGAACUAACCGAAAAAUCCAUUGUUUGAUCAGUAACGAGGUUAGUUUUUUUUGUUGAAAAAUUGGUCUUGUUUAUCAAGUGCAUCGUGAUCAUGAUUAGAAAACGAGAGAAAUGAGAAAUAAUAAAAAAAAUGUUGUAUAAUAAAUAAUGAGCUACUUUUUUGCAACGAGAAUCUCAAAUUUCGAAAGGAAAACUGAGAAAUAUAGAGGAAAGUUUUGAGGAUUUUUGAGAAGCAAAAAAUCAAAAGUAGUUUUUCUAGAAAAAAAAGUUCCAGGACAAUUUUUUCUGAAAACACAUUUGGUAAUAGAAAGCAAAUUACGGGUUUGCUAGAAAGAAUAAAAAGCUAGAUUUUGAGAGCUUUUUGUUAGUUUAUUGAAAACUCAACGUUUUUGGGGUGGUUCUCGAUGUUUUGAUAUAAAAUUAUUCCGUAUUUCAUUUUGUUCAAAAUUCACAAGUUUCUCAAUUCCCAGGUGAUUCUUUUUGCAACUCUCAAAAUGUUUUCUAUCCUUAUUUGGACAUUUGAACUUCAACUUUAAAACGACAAAGAAAUCAAAAAAACAAAAAAUAUCUAAUCAAUGAUCAAAGAUACAUUUAUUUUUAGAUACUAGGUCACUCCACAAAAAAAAUGACGACAUUUCAAAAACAACAUCAUUUUUCAGGUCUCCGACCCAAUUCGUAAACAACUCGAAGAUCAUUUCGACGACAUUUCAGUUGUCGAUGUUUUCAACAGUCAUGAUCAAGAAAAUCUUGGACUUAUUGGUCGACCAGAUUUGGGUAUCACUUUCACCAAGCUUCAUUGCUGGAGAUUAACACAAUAUACAAAAUGUGUAUUUUUGGAUGCUGAUACUUUGGUAAUUAGAAAUUCGGAUGAACUUUUUGCUCGACCUGAUUUCUCAGCUGCUGCUGAUAUUGGAUGGCCAGAUGCGUUCAACAGCGGAGUUUUUGUCUUCAUUCCAAACACACAAACCUACAGUAAGAUUUUUUAGAGGCAGGGGGAAGGUGGGAAAUUUAAUUUUCACAGUUCGGAAUGAAAAAUUAAUGUUAGACAUAAAUUGAAAAAAAAAAUCACGUGUACUGCAAAACCAGAAAAUUCUAGUACCGUUAUAAAUUUUCAAUGUUAAUUUUCUUUUUUCAGGAGAACUUGUUCAAUUCGCCUUGAAUCACGGAAGUUACGACGGUGGAGAUCAAGGACUUUUGAACGACUUUUUCAGCAACUGGAGAGAUCUUCCAAGUGAGCAUAGACUUCCAUUUAUCUACAAUAUGACAGCUGGAGCUUUCUACACCUAUGCAGCUGCCUACAAAAGGUAAGAUUUUGGGGUUGAUCUUUUUUUAAGAGAUGGGGUUUUUGAUAAAAACUAAAAUCUUGGAGCAUUACUGCUCAUCUAGAUUUCAAGUCUACAAAAUUUUUCAUCCUAAAUGAUAUUAGAGAGAACUCUGUAGUUUCUCCAAUAGAUUCUCAUUUUUACAGAUAUGGUAACAACACAAAAAUUGUUCAUUUCAUCGGAAGUGUCAAACCGUGGCAUGGAAGUGCAGCUGUUCAUACCGGUGAACAUUAUCAACACUGGAAAAAUAUCUAUCACGCACAUGUUACUCACACAGUAAGUUGUUUAAAAACCCUAACCUGAUUAAUGAAUAUUGCAUGGUGUUAUUGUGUUUUUGUUAGCCCAGUGAGAAAAAUGAGCAAUCUAUUGUUCUGCCAUCUCGACAUCAUCAGCAAAUAAAAGAGGAGAGAAAUGAAGGUAUUAGACGAAAUGAUUCACUUUUUGGUAGUUUUGUGGAGCAUGUGAAACAUCUGAUAGUGCCUACAUCUGAAGAGCCAAGUAGUUCGAAACAGCAGAAACAAGAAGAAGUUCACGAUAUUGUUGGUAGUGGUGAUUGUUUUAGUGGUGUGCACCAUCUUCAAAACGAAACGGAGCCCGAAGUUGAGCAUGGUAGUGUGCAUGAAAUUGAGCUUGAUUCAACAGAUAAAGAAGUUGAAGAUAUUGUGAGUAUUUUUACAGCAUGUCUAACACAUUUGCAGUUUAUUUUUUCCAGACUAAACACUCUUAUUGCCCAUGGUUUGUAUCGCAAGAAAACAUCAGUGUGACAGUAACCCAGAAGGUAUUCAGAAUUUUGAUUUCAUUAGAGAAAAUACUUUUUUGAAACCUGCUGAAAAAAAGCUUUCAAAAAACACCGUUCUGAAAAAAAAACAAAAAAUUUGCAUCAGCCCGAUGCGGGGCUCGAACCCGCGACAGCCAGAUUAAGAGUCUGGUGCUCUACCGACUGAGCUAACCGGGCGCUGUUUCUCUCGCUGUUGAAAUGUAUUGACAAUGUUCUCACAGCUGCCUCGCUUUCUCUUUCUUUCUUUCAUUUUUUCCCCACUAUCUUUUUUUUGUUGGUCUUUUGCAGAAAGACAGUAAAAUAACAUCUGCUUGGGGAAUGAAGGUGGUUUUUUUUCAUUUCGAAAAAGUGUCAGUUUUUUUCGACAAUGUGAAUGAACGUUUCAAUGAGGUGUAAUAAUUUUUGGAAAAAGAGGAAAUGUUCAGAGAUGAAAAUGUGAAUGAUGGAUUAUUUUUAGAGGGGUCGGAAUUGUUUUGGAAGUUAAGAGAGACUGUGUGUGAUUUAGUACGGUUAGAUAAUUUUAGGAAUUCACUAGAACUUUCUCAAAAUAUUUUUAUAUAUUCAGGGCUUUCAAAUUUGAACUGAAAAGCUAAAAUUUAAAUUCAAUACAUCAAUCUUCAUAUUUUCGAAACAUACCCAUUAAAACUUGUCUAAUGAACUCAUUAUUGAAACAAAUAAAUAUAAUUCUUGCGUGGUUUUUCUAACUCUGUUUGAUUUAUUAUUUAAUGACCAAAAAACUUAUUUUGAGAGAACUUUAGAGAUUUUCAAUUAAUAUAUGAAAGGAUCUUAUCAGAAAAUUUAUCCUGAAAGUUUUCCUGGUUGUGAAUUACACUUCAUACCUCGAUUGUUUCCAGACUCCAUCUCCAUCAACCGAAGAACGCCGUGAAGCUUGGGAAGCCGGACAGCCAGACUAUUUGGGUCGUGAUGCAUUCAUCCAUAUUCAAGAAGCAUUGAACAAAGCGCUCAACGAAUAA